AUGACCACCUCCGCUCUUCCCAUCCGUGCUGCGGCUCUUGUUCGCAACACCAACGAGACGUCGAUCCAGAUCGCUCUCAGCAUCGACGGCGGCGAGCUUCCCCAGGAUACCGACCCCCGACUGCUCGAGGUCGCCAGCGCACACGCCUCGCAGUCUAGCAAGUCUCAGGUGAUUGCUAUUAACACGGGCAUCGGCUUCUUGGACCACAUGCUACAUGCGCUGGCGAAGCAUGCCGGCUGGAGCAUGGCGCUCAACUGCAAGGGAGAUCUUCACAUUGACGACCACCACACUGCCGAAGACUGCUGCCUCGCCGUCGGCACGGCCUUUGCCAAAGCCCUCGGCGCCCUGACUGGCGUCGCCCGCUUCGGCUAUGCCUACGCCCCUCUGGACGAGGCUCUCUCUCGCGCCGUCGUCGAUCUGUCCAACCGCCCGUACGCCAUUGUCGACCUGGGUCUCAAGCGCGAGAUGCUGGGCCAGCUCAGCACCGAGAUGAUCCCCCACUGCCUGCAGAGCUUUGCUCAGGCCGCUCGCAUCACCUUGCACGUCGACUGCCUGCGCGGUGACAACGACCACCACCGGGCUGAGAGUGCCUUUAAGGCUUUGGCUGUGGCCAUUCGCAUGGCGACUACCAGGGUUGCCGGCAAGGAGGGCGAGGUUCCCAGCACCAAGGGUACAUUGAGCGCUUAA